AUGGGCGCUGAUCCUGGUGGGGUCGCUGGCUGGCUAGAGGACGCCUAUGGAGGCAUGGGCAUUCUGGACAAUGCCAGUGAGCGUGCAGGCACCCACUCUGACAAGGACAUGAUGAAGGUUGCUACACAAGGUUCUCAGCGAAGCAGGGGGAUCGCUGCG